AUGUCUGACGCUUACUUCAACGGCGCUCCCGCCAACGGUCAUGCAUACGCACCAUCCUCCUCGGUCUACGAACCAACUCCCAAGGUCGAGGCCAACCACGAUGCGCCUGCCAGCUUCCAGUCACAUCCUGCCAAGCUCGAAUCCGUCGAAGCGCCCCUCGUGCCGCCUACUGCAGAGCCCAUCUCGAGCGUAGGCGUCCAGCCCGUCGCACUCGUAUCGCAGGAGCAGGCACGCUCCCAACAGGCACUUUCAGCCACAUCGGCCCCGCAGCAGAACGACGUCGCUGUCGUCGAUAUCAAGCCUUACGAUGGUCCCAUGGAGAUCACCACGGCUCAACUCAAAUUUGCACAGAGCACUCUCAAAUCUCUCAAGAGUCGACGCGAGGCUAUCGCCUUCCUCGCUCCCGUUGAUCCCGUCGCCCUUGGCAUCCCCCAGUAUCCGCAGAUCAUCUCCAAACCCAUGGACUUUGGCACCAUCGAUAUCAAGCUUGCUCUCACCGCGCUCGUGCUCAAGCCCAAUUCAAAGCCAGGCGACAAGGCCAAGUCCGCUCCGCAAUGGGGCCUUGACCCGUCCAAAGACGUCUAUCGACGCAUGCACGACUUCGAGGCCGAUGUUCGCCAAGUGUUUUACAACUGCGCCACCUUCAACGGGCCCGCCAGCCCUUACACUGCCAAUGCACGAGUCCUCGAGCACGCUUUCGACAAGUACAUGUCCGACGUACCCGCAGCUACCACCCCCGCAGCACAGGAGUCUCCCGCCGCGCGUCAACGCCGCCCGUCCAACCCUGUGCCCACCAUCCGACGUUCCUCCUCUGAUGUCGGCGGUCGCCCCAAGAGGGAGAUCCACCCUCCCCCUCCCAAGGAUCUUCCCUACGCCAACGAGCCGCAGAGUUCGUCUUCCGAGAUGCGCAAAGCCGCGCAACGCAAGGUCGCCAAGAAGCGCGGCAGUCUCUCGGCACGCGAGCAGGCUCACUAUGCCAAGGUGGCUCAGGACGAAUUGCGCUUCUGCACCAGGAUCAUCGACGACCUGCUCAAGCCCAGCUACCAGAACGCCGCUUGGGUGUUCUACGACCAGCCCACGAUGGACUUCGAUUGGGCGCCCGCCUACUUUCAAAUGAUCAAGAAGCCGAUCGCUCUGCGCGAUGUCCAGAAGAACAUCCGAUCCGGCGUCUAUGCCGAUGCGGACGAGUUCAAUGCAGACAUGCAGCUGCUCUUCCAGAACUGCUUCACCUUCAAUCCGCCUGGUACCGACGUGUACAACCUGGGCGAGCAGCUCAAGGCGGUCUACGAAGAGAAGUUCGCGCGCAAGCCCGCCCCGGCCCCUCUUCCGGACUACGAGGAGAGCGAUGUGGAUGAGGACGAGGAUGCAGAGGACGACGAGGACGACGUGGAUCCGGCCUUCUUGGCGACGCUGCAAGACCAGAUCUCGCAGCUUGCUUCUACGCUCGCUAUGCUGGAGGGAGCCAAGAACCAGAACACGGACCUCAUUGCCAACACCAAGAUGAUGCUAGCAACGCUGCAGGAGAGCUACGCCAGCUCGGGGCGUUCCAAGAAGAGCAAGAGCAAGGGCGCUGGCACCAAGAGGAAGGCAUCCGAGAGCGGCGCAUCCAGCAAGAAGAAGACCAAAGCCAAGGCAACGGGCAGCCCUUCGGCGGCGGCUGAUUACGUGCCUGCGAAGAAGGCCAAGUCGGCGGCUGCUUCGCAGAAGAAGAAGCCAUCGUCGAGCAACAAGAAGGCGAGCUCGAGCAAAAGGGACGACAACAGCGACGAAGAUAUCCGCAACGUCACGUACGAGCAAAAGGAGGAGCUCGCAGCCAAGAUCACGGAGCUGUCGGAAGAGCGUCUGGACGGUGCGAUUCGCAUCAUCAACGAAGACAAGCCGCCAAACCAGAACGACGAGGAGGAGAUUGAGCUCGACAUUGACGAGCUGUCGCCUCGAACGCUGUACAAGCUGUACAAGUAUGUGGUGCGGCCCAAAAAGGCGGCGCCCGCGGCCAACAAGAACAGCAAAUCGGCGCCGUUGGAUGGGCGCAAGCGUGGCACGGGAGGCAUCAAGAAGAAGAACCUGGAUGAAGGCGAGGAGGCCGAGAGGAUCGCUCGUUUGCAGCAACAGCUGGAGCAAUUCGGCAACAGCGAGGCGGCUGGCUCUGCGGGCGGACCUGCUGGUGGGCACGACGAUCUGGUGCACUCGGACAGCUCGUCGGACGAGAGUGGAUCCGACUCGGAUUCGGAUUGA